AACUUCAUUUAGGAUCUAUCGUAAAGUACAAUGGAGUAACGUUGUAAUCAAUGUCGUUACUUCAUAUGAGGAAACUUUGAAGGCUUGCUGUCCUUCCAGAAAAUGCUCAGCAGUGAGAUGAUUCUGCGUCAUUUCUGCACAGAAGCGUGUCUGCUUGCGCUCAGACUCACUCAGCGCGUCUGCGGCGCGUGACCCCGCACAUCCCGCACACUAAGGAGCGUCCCUGUGCGGAACGCAGAUGCGCUGUGGGCUGUCUAGAACAUGCCUUUGCAUCAUGACGUGCGCGCGUGUGUCGCACACCCCGGCUCUGACAGAGGGCAGGGCUGAUGCUGCGCGCCUCCAUCCCGCACUGAUCCACCGCAGAGCCGCAGACACGGACCCGCAGCUAACAGCGGCCCGCCUCCGGCUCUCCUGAUCCGAUGGAUCCCAGUGGAAGCGACCUGGACUCCAGCCUGCCGCAGCCAGAAAACCCGUGCCUGAUCGUGGAGGACUCCCAGCCGGACAGUGUCGCUCUGGAGGACGACCCCGAGAGCAGCUACCGAGCCCUGCUAGCCCGCCGCCUGUCCAUCCUGCAGCCCGCUUCCCGCAGCCCAGUCCUGGAGCUGAUCUCGUCCCCCUUGGGCAGCAGAAGCUCUCAGACCGACAGCCAGUCCACGUCCGACACUGACCGGCAGCCCUGUGGGGCUGUCAGCGGCCGUCCGGUGCAGAACAGCAGAGGGUGUGCAGACAUGGAUCCUGGUGCUGAUUCUACAACAAACUGCGUUCAGCCUGAAGGGGACUCUUGUCACCUGGGCUUCCUGGAGCUCUCUCAGAGUCAGGAUCUCCAGGCUGAGGAAAUCUUAGGUUGCCCCUCCCACACCGACAAGCCCAGAAGCUCAGCAGAGCGGAGUGUUGGUGCAGAGACUCAAAGCCUUGUGGCGCCAAGGUCUGAGGUGAGCUCCAGCAGCUCCUCGGGGUCUGUCUGGCAGGCGAACCUCCAGGUCCUGUCGCGCGCCCCCAACGCGUCAGGCUGCGCUGAGCGGGACCUUCGGGACCAGGAGAUCCUGUCGUCGCAGGAAGACCUGUUUGAUGCAGACAAGACAGGAGCUGCAGUGGACAGCACCGUGUCGCAGUCGGAUCAGCAAGGCCACCCCUCCUUGACCCCAGCCCACACCCUGCGACUGCUACAUCUGUCUGGACAGGGCACUCUGGUGCAGGACAGCCUGUCCCAGAACUCUGGGGAUUAUGUGGGCCCCACUCCAGACAGCUUCCCCCAUACUCCUCUGAUAGUUCCCAGUUCACCAACAGAACCAGAACCACCGAAUGGUGCUGGGGAUGCCAUGGACACCUCUAAGCCACAACCCUCUGCCUCCACUCCCGUGUCCCAGAGCACGCCUGGUUUCGCCUUUGAGCGCCUCCUUCCAGUGCCGUCUCAGCCCGAGUUCUCCCACGACGUGUUCGCCCCGACACAGAGCCAGAAGGCCUCACAACCACAGGAGAAGUCGCCGUCUUCUGAUCUGGGUUUGGAUCCGGCACCGUGUUCCACUUUGCAGCUGUCUGAGAGCUGCAGCCGGCAGGAGCGCAGCCUGGAGGAGGACAGUCAGGCCACGCAGAUCGAGGCGCCGGAAGAGGCGCCCAGCGGGGACAUCAGCCCCUGCAGGACUCCCGGCUCUGAUGCGAGGGGAGAAGGUGGUGCGGCGGAGGAACCAACCAUCACAGAACUUGACAGGGACUCUCUGGACGUGGAGGAUGCGGGCAGGCGGGCGCACUCGCCCCCGCCUGAAGCCACGCCCAGCAGCCUGCCUUCACAGUCCGUUAUCUCUCAGCCUGCCGUGGCUGACUCCGGAGGAGGAAACGCCAUGAGCCUGUCUGAAGAGGCACAUCAGCAUGGAGCAGAGACAGACAAAGGGAGGGGGGUCGGAUGUGAUGAAGGGGAGGAAGAGGAGCCUGCAGGAGGCCCUUCAGGACUGGCUCUGGUCCUGUCCCAGAGCCAGCUUCUGUCCCCUGAACACAUGGAGGAGGGGGAGGACGAGGGUGGAGAGAGGCCUCCGCACAGGGAGAACGGACACGCCCCCAUCUCCAACAGCCUCCCCCACAAAGAGGUGCAGCCGGCUUCAGACGGGACGUCCCAGACGGGGAUGUUGGGGCGUAAAGCUCAGAGCCUGGAGGACAAAAGUCUGAGCGACAGCUCAGCAGAUAUGUCCUUUCACUUCACUCUUCCUAAAGAUGGAGAGCUGACAGGCCCCCCUGCCAGCGCCACGCCGCCUCUGGUCAGCCAGCUGGGGCAGACGCUCAGACACAGCACCCCCAUCGAAACCGCCUCCUUUUCCGAAAAAUCGGACGUCCCCGCAGAGGUGGCGGGGGCGGACUCCCCCUCGGUGGACGGGGACGGGAAGCUGAGCCUGAGGAUGAAGCUGGUGACGCCGGUGGAGGAGGGCAGCUCCGAGCGCUUCAGCCUGCAGAAGCCAGCUUUGUCAGAGGAGGACGCAGCCGGGGUCAAGGUCGCCACCGUUUCCAUGGCAGCCCCCAGCAGUCCCUCUGUGUUCACCCGAGUGCGGCAGGUGCACCGGCAGCGGGAGGCGGGGGGAGACCUCCAGCCUGGGAGCAGCACCACGGCUGUCGAGGAGGGGCUGUCGGCGUCCCCAAAGAGGAGCUCACAGAUGCCUUCGCGUGGAUGCAGCAGCCUGCCGAGCAGCCAGCCGGAGCCCCUGCAGCAGGGGGGGUCGGCAGUGCCGCAGGGGAGCCUCAAGCCUGCCGUCGAGCCACCCGAAGAGCAGCAAGGGGCACCUCAGGCCCCUGAGCCCCCCCGUCCAGGUGCAGCAGACCCACAAAAACGGGUCUCCCAGCAGGCGGUCAACAGCACGGUCACCUCCACCCCCUCCAAGGGAGAACCGGAGUCUCCGUUGCUCAGGAGAGCCGCCGGCCCGGCUCACCACAGACACGUACGCACCAUCCAGGAGGUGCGGACCACCAUCACGCGCAUCAUCACAGACGUCUACUAUGAGGAUGGCAGGGAGGUGGAUCGCAGGGUCACAGAGGAGAGUGAGGAGCCUGUGGUGGACUGCCAGGUCUUGGAGGAAGUUUCUCCGUGCCGCACAGGCAGCAGCUCGGUCACCUUGGGGGACCUGGCGGACAUCAGCUCCCUGUCCUCCAAGGCCUCCAGCCUGCAGCACAGCUCUGGGGGCACCAGCAGCAGCACGGGCCCCCCAAGGCCAGACUUCGUCAUUCCUCCCAGCAGAGGGGCAAGAUCCAUGAGUCCCAGAAGGGGAGGUGGGCAUUUACAGAGGGGUCACAGGGGUAACAGGGUGGGGUCAGUGGCCUCCCCAGGCAGAGGCUUCAAUACUUCAGGGUCCCGGGCCUUCCUCCCCAUGACCCCUCGGGGUAGGGCUAGAAGGGGCCGGCCCCCAUCCCGCUCCUUCAUGUCCAGAGGGGGGGCUGUUGGCUCGCUGCAGAGGACCGUCGCUCACGGACACACGCCGUCUUCUUCAGAGGAGGAACCCUACACCCUCAUCGGGCCCCCGCUCCUCCCCGUCAGCCCCACAGACCCCAAACCCCCAAGCCGCUCAGAUUCCCUCAGGUCCUCGCCGGAAGUGGCGAGCUCGGCCGGCAGCAGCUUCGUGGGACUGCGCGUCGUUGCCAAAUGGUCCUCCAACGGCUACUUCUACUCGGGCCGCAUCAUGAAGGAUGCCGGGGAGGGGCGGUUUCGCCUGCGUUUCGAUGACGGCUACGAGUGUGAGGUGGCGGGAAGGGACAUCCUGCUGUGUGACCCCAUCCCCGUGGAGACAGAGGUCACAGCUCUGCUGGAAGACGAGUACUUCAGCGUAGGGGUUGUGAAGGGCCACAGGGCUGAGGGCUCCGAGCUGUUCUACAGCAUCGAGCGGGACGGCCAAAGGCACUGGCACAACCGCACCGCGGUCAUCCUGUCUCUGGACCAGGGGAACCGGCUGAGGGAGCAGCACAGCCUGGGACCCUAUGAAACGAGCACCCCCCUGACCAAAGCAUCCGACAUCAGCCUGGAUAACCUGGUGGAGGGGAAGAGGAGGCGCAAAGGAACCCCAGGGGGGGCGCACACCCCCAACCGCAGCUCCUCUAGCAGCCCUCGGACCCCCGGCCCCUCCGGCAAAAGGAAGCUAAUGGCUCCAGAGGAGAACCGGACGCCGUCAAAGAGGGGACGCAGAGGGGGGGGGUCUCGAGCGGCUCAGCGGUUUACCGUCUGUAACACGUCCGGCAGCGGCACCGAGCUCCCAGGUCAGUCCGGUGACCCGGCGGAGACGCACGGCCCCCUUCCCCAGAACGCGUCCCUCUUCAUGGGUUUCGCUUUCAUGCUGACGGCCUCGUCCGAGACCGACCGGCUGUCAAACCUGGCCUUCAGCGAGGAUGAGGAGGAUUACGUGCAGACGGGUCCGUAUAACAAAGCCUACACAGAGUCCCAGCUGCAAGCCGGGGGGGGCUUCAUCCUCCCGGACUUCAAUGAGGAGCAGUGUCAGGCGGCCUACCAGAGCCUGCUGAUCGCAGACCAGCACUGCCGCACCAGGAAGUACCUGCUGUGCGUGUCCAGCGGCGUGCCGUGUGUGUCUCACAUUUGGGUUCGGGACUGCUGCAGAGAAAACAAGCUGCUGAACUACAGGAACUACUUGCUGCCGGCAGGGGCGGGGCCUGACGGCGCCAUCGUGGAGUGGCAUCCGCGCUGCAGCCCCUUCAAGGCCCUGCACGUCCUGCUGCUGUCGCAGCAGCCGCAGGAGCUGUGGGCGCAGCUGGCCACCAUGGGCGGGGCCUCCUCAGUGCGGCAGCUGCAGGUGGACGACAGCUCAGACAUUCCUGCCGGGAAGUUCGACGUGGCGGUGACGGACCACACCUGUCCGCCGCAGGUCAGGAGAAGAGUGACAUCCCAGGAAGUGCCCGUGGUACCUCCCGAGUGGCUGAUUCAGAGUCUGAUCUGCGGCAAGCGGAUGGAUUUUCGGCGCGGCUGGGAUGGCUCCUCCUCUCCGUGCUCCUCCUCCUCCUAACCCGGACCUCCGGGUCCUGCUGCAUGCUCUGCUGUACAUUCCUGUCUGUUUUUAUCAUAAUAAACGUGAUUGCUUUCAUUUUA